GCACCACGGGGCAGCGCUCCGCGGGACCGCCCCGCGCGUGACGUCAUCACCGACUGCCACGGAACGCUCGCGCCACUCCUCGAGAGCCGGCACCGCGUGCGCUUCCGCCGGGAAAAAUAGUGCGAGGGGCCCGUUCCGCCUCGCCGCUGCCCGUCUCGCGCCGUCCCGGCGCCGCCGCAGCUGAGGCCGCCCGGCCGCGCUCCGGGACGGACGCCGGCAGAGGUCGUGAGGCCGAGAGGAGCGUUCCGGAGCGCGGAUCCCUCCGCCUGCGGUAUCGGUGCUGAGGCCGAGCCGCCGCCAUUUUGAAUGCCUGGCUCCUGCUGCUGCCUCCGCUCCAGGGACCGGCCCGAGGAUGCCAGCCCCCAUCAGACUGCGGGAGCUGAUCCGGACCAUCCGGACAGCAAGAACCCAGGCAGAAGAGCGUGAGAUGAUUCAAAAGGAAUGUGCUGCUAUCCGGUCAUCCUUCAGAGAGGAAGAUAACACGUACAGAUGCAGAAAUGUGGCAAAGCUGCUGUAUAUGCACAUGCUGGGAUACCCUGCACACUUUGGACAGUUGGAGUGCCUCAAGCUCAUUGCCUCUCAGAAAUUCACAGACAAGCGCAUUGGGUAUUUAGGUGCCAUGUUGCUGCUGGAUGAGAGACAGGAUGUCCAUCUUCUUAUGACCAAUUGCAUCAAGAAUGACCUUAAUCAUAGCACGCAAUAUGUGCAGGGGCUGGCACUCUGCACUCUUGGCUGCAUGGGCUCUUCAGAAAUGUGCAGAGACCUUGCAGGAGAGGUUGAAAAGCUCCUCAAAACAUCUAACUCCUAUCUUAGGAAGAAGGCAGCAUUGUGUGCUGUUCACGUUAUUAGAAAGGUGCCUGAACUUAUGGAGAUGUUCCUGCCAGCCACCAAAAACUUGCUGAAUGAAAAGAACCAUGGUGUUUUACACACAUCAGUAGUCCUUCUCACGGAGAUGUGUGAGAGAAGCCCAGACAUGCUUGCACACUUUAGAAAGAACGAAAAGCUUGUUCCCCAAUUAGUUCGUAUUCUGAAGAACCUUAUCAUGUCUGGAUAUUCACCAGAGCAUGAUGUGUCUGGGAUCAGUGACCCCUUUUUGCAGGUGCGAAUCCUGCGGUUACUGAGGAUUCUAGGGCGAAAUGACGAUGAUUCUAGUGAAGCAAUGAAUGACAUACUUGCACAGGUUGCUACUAAUACAGAAACAAGUAAAAAUGUGGGAAAUGCCAUUCUCUAUGAAACUGUGCUGACUAUUAUGGACAUAAAGUCUGAGAGUGGACUGAGAGUGUUAGCUAUUAACAUCCUAGGCCGUUUCUUAUUAAACAACGACAAAAAUAUUAGAUAUGUGGCUUUGACAUCGUUGUUGAAAACUGUGCAGACAGACCAUAAUGCAGUACAGAGACAUAGAAGCACAAUUGUGGAUUGCCUGAAAGAUUUGGAUGUCUCCAUUAAAAGGCGUGCAAUGGAACUGAGUUUUGCUCUUGUUAAUGGGAACAACGUUCGCGGAAUGAUGAAGGAGUUGCUGUAUUUCCUAGAUUCAUGUGAGCCAGAGUUCAAGGCAGACUGUGCAUCUGGAAUAUUCCUUGCAGCAGAAAAAUACGCUCCUUCCAAACGCUGGCACAUAGACACAAUCAUGAGAGUCUUAACAACGGCAGGAAGUUAUGUUCGUGAUGAUGCUGUUCCCAACCUGAUUCAGCUGAUAACUAAUAGUGUGGAGAUGCAUGCCUACACUGUGCAGAGACUCUACAAAGCCAUCCUUGGUGAUUAUUCUCAGCAGCCACUGGUACAAGUGGCCUCCUGGUGCAUAGGAGAGUAUGGAGAUCUUCUGGUGUCUGGUCAGUGUGAAGAAGAGGAGCCAAUACAGGUAACAGAGGAUGAAGUUCUUGAUAUUUUAGAAAGUGUUCUUAUAUCUAAUAUGUCUGCAUCUGUUACACGAGGCUACGCUCUCACUGCCAUCAUGAAGCUUUCCACAAGGUUCACCUGCACUGUCAAUCGCAUUAAGAAGGUAGUUUCCAUUUACGGCAGCAGCAUUGAUGUAGAGCUACAACAGAGGGCAGUGGAAUAUAAUGCACUGUUCAAGAAAUAUGAUCACAUGAGGCCAGCCCUUCUUGAGAGAAUGCCGGUAAUGGAGAAAGUCACCACCAAUGGCCCUACUGAGAUUGUGCAGACCAAUGGAGAGACAGAAACGGCAGUACUGGAAACCAAGCCUCCACACUCUGGAUUGCAGCCUGGUAGCCAGGCAAAUGAUUUGUUGGACUUGUUGGGGGGAAAUGAUAUAACACCUGUAAUCCCCACUGCACCUACAAGCAAACCAGCCUCUGCUGGUGGGGAGCUCCUUGACCUUCUGGGAGACCUCAACCUAACAGGUUCCCCAGUAUCUGCCCCUGCACCCCAGAUAUCACAGCCUCCAUUCCUGCUUGAUGGACUGUCAUCACAGCCUCUCUUCAAUGAUAUUGCUGCAGGAAUCCCUUCAAUUACUGCAUACAACAAGAAUGGGCUGAAGAUUGACUUCAGCUUCGAGAGGUCAAACACCAACCCCAGUGUCACUGUAAUCACAAUACAGGCCUCCAACAGCACAGAGCUGGAUAUGACAGAUUUUGUUUUCCAAGCUGCAGUACCAAAGACAUUCCAACUGCAGCUUCUGUCUCCCAGCAGCAGUGUCAUCCCUGCAUUUAACUCGGGGACCAUUACACAGGUCAUUAAAGUCCUGAAUCCACAAAAGCAACAACUACGUAUGCGGAUCAAGUUGACAUAUAAUCACAAGGGCUCAGCAAUGCAGGAUCUAGCAGAAGUCAACAACUUUCCCCCUCAGUCUUGGCAGUGAGGCUCUGGCACCAUUCUUAUUCUCACCCCACCCAAUCAAAAGAACUCUGGGAAGAACGUUGUGAUCCUUGGCAGUCCCCUAAACUGCACCAUGGGUAUGGGGAACAGAUGAGACCUGCUGAUGAGGAGGAAUUUUCCUGAAGUGAUUGCUGACUUUGAAGCAUAUCUGUUAAGACUAAUCUCCUCUCCUCCGCUGAUGAGGCUGGUGGCUUGUGGAGGCUACUCUGCACUCCCUCACACAUGCAUUCACAGCCAGAAGCAACAUUCCCUCCCUUCCCUGCCUCUCUACCCUCAAAGAAAAACAGCCUGGCUGGAAGAGAAGUCUGGAAUUUCUUGCAGGGAAACUUUCUGUCUCUGCAGCACGUGAACAACUGCCCCUUCUUUCUGCUGUCUUUUUUUUCCCCUGGGAUGGUCAAGGUGUGUUUUCAUUCAUUACUAGCUGGAUUAUCUUCAGGCACUUUCAUCUGGGGCUCAGAAUGGGAACUUGGAGAAUUUUAGGUCGCCUUGCCUCUUUCUUACUGUAUCCCCUGUGUCUGAAGGGGCUGGAGGCUUUUUAUGGCCUGUUCAGUGCAUUACUGUAUACACACACCUCUUAGUUAUGUGAUACAUACCAAGAGCAAGUCAGGCCUUGGGACUUCAUCUACAAACCUGGGACAGCGCAGGAAAGAGGUGCCGGUGAGGCUGAUAAAAUUGCAUUGGUGCUGUACUUGGAAAUGAAGACCUUACACUUGAAUUUUCUUUCUUUCCAUCAGUGGCUGCAGCCAUACAGAUUCAGUCUUCUGUAGCUUCCCCAGAAAGUAUGGUGAUGUAUAAGAGAUGUAGAGAUCUAAGGAGCAACUGGUUUUCUACCACAGUUAAUUUCAAAGCCUUUUGACCCAUUAGUUGUGGUUUAUGGUAAGAAAAGACUCAUUCAAUUUUGUAGAUCAGUCUUUGAGCAAAAGCUCUGUUGCCUGCUGGGAGACUCAUCGGAGACUAUGCUGCAGAGUUGUUCUCAGUUAUUCCAGACCUUCUCCCCAGUUUAAUUUCCAGAGCUUGUUUAGACUCCCUGGAUUCCAUUUGAUUUACUUCUGACUGGGAUAUUUGUGUUGUAUCUGUAAUAUUGGCACUGAAAUAAAGACCAUGCGGUUUAAAGAGACCUUUUCCCAUUUUGUUACUUAAUUGAUCCUUGUAGUUGGCUGCCCUUGUAGAGAUAUCUAUGUUCAGUAAGGUGCAGACUGAGAGAGGAACUAAACUUUUUUUGAAUGAGAGCCAGUUAUUUGAGUAUUUGAAUCCAAAGAUGUUAGGUUCAGUACUCUUUCAAGCUUAAAGCUGUAUCCAGUUAUGCUUUCCCCAUGUUAACUGUUGUUGAGGUAAUAGAGUUCCAUGAAUUUUCAUGGAGGUGAUGCAUAGGAUAUAAAGCACCGUGACAAAACUAUUCAGGUAUUCAGCACCCUUCAGGGAGAAAAAGAUAUACCUUAAGUCUUCAUUCAUUAGUGUGCUGGUAAGUUGAAGGUACCCCAGCUCCCAGCUGCAAAGCUUUCUCAAAAGAAUCAAAUGGCACAUCUGCUCGGUUUCUGUUUCAGGGCUGUAAAUAUGUGGUGAUCAUUUUGUGCUCUGGCAGCCUUUUGUGUCUGCAAAAGUACUAAUGCUAGGUUCCGAUCAUUGCUAGCAAUAUUGCAGGAAGGGUGUACAGUGUAUUUAGGGAAAAUUAAAGACUUAUUCUGCCCUUGAAUCCAUAGCAAGAGAGGUCACUAAAGGUUGUUCUGUCUGCUUUGGUUUUAACCACAAUAGGUAAUAUAAUGUAGGACUGACUUUAAUUAUUGGUAUGUCCAGUGGAAUAAGUUUAGUUUCUCUCGAAGUGUUUUUGCUGCUUUAUUGAGAAGACUGGGUUGAGCCUUGACUUCACCAAAGAGUUUCAUUAUUCCGUUGAUACUGGCAUAGUGACAUCAUAGAGUUAUUAAAAACUAGCAAGAAUGAUGUAUGACUUCUUUAAAAGUGAUUCUGAGUUGUUGCAGUGUCUUGGCUGGGCUAGCAAUACUAAGGUAAAUACUCUGCCUCAGAUAGAAUGAUACGGGCAGUCUUGCAGAAAAAGCAGCUGAAUCAAAGCCCUUUUCUGGAUGCUGAGCAUUUACUUUUGUUGCUUUUACUGCAGCUGUGACUAUUUGACCCAGUUGGCUCCAACUCCUUAGUGCUGAGUGUGUUAAAUGUCGGCUCCAGUGGGCUCCAAGGGCAUCCCAGAUACCAAGCUAACAGGAAGUUUUUGCCUUAGUUCCUUACAGCCCCGUAAGGUGUCUUAUUCUUCUCAGAAUUGUAUGUGGUAUUGGAAGCUGGUGCACCUCAGCCUCCAUUCCUUUUUGCUGAGAAGAGCACUACUGCUGGAGGAUUAGAUGGGGAGAAAGAAGUAAAUGGACCCUCACCUGGACAGUUUAUUGCAGCAUAGAUGGAAACAACUGACCUUGUCCCCCUUACAUUUGUGUUCUGUUCUCUAGAGCAGGUGGAUUUUGUUGUUGGUCUCAGUCUGGUAAGUUUUCAGGGUAAAUUCCUUCUCUAUACUUGGAUCCUUCAGCCACCUUUACACAUAAGUGUUUUGUGUUUUGGAAGAUACACUCUGUUAUAUUUCUGGGUCAAGCUCAGGGAGAUGGUUGCGUGUACCUGAAAGGCAUUCAGCUUGAAGCCAUCUCUUGGCCAUGAAGUACUUAGCAGCUAAACAUUCCUAUUGUCCUUGGAGCUCUCUACCUUCCUUUUCUUAAGAGAUUGAGUACUAACGUGGCCUUCUUUCUGGAGGUAAGGUUACACACAUUUCCCUGUUUGCAGUGCUAGAUACUGUUGCCUGCUCCUUUCCAUAGGUACAUCUGUUAACAUUCAUCAUAGCUGCUGUUUUUUCACACUACAGAGUACUCUCUUGAUGCCUCAAAGCACUCUGAGGGCAGGGUGAGCCUUUAUUCCACUGGUGGAAUGCAACAGUUUAGGUCUGGUCAGUGAUUUCCUUGUUUCAGUGUAAAGAGUAUAUAAGAGGAGCAAGAUACAGACUUCAUGGCUAACCUUCAUUAUCUGGGCUCUGCAGCCUGGAGCUUGGAGAGGUUGAAUGUCUGUGUUGGUUUGUUUGUUUGUUUUCCAUGUGAAUGUAUUUUGAAUCAAGUAAAGGACAGAAAGAAUAGUGGGCUGUAGCAGGCCUGAAGGGAGAGAAGACGUAGGAAGGUCCUAAGGUUUGACUUAGUCCAUUUUUUUUUAUGGGUGGCCUUGAACAACUUUUUGAAGCAAUAGCAGUGAGGGAACUGCCACCUAACCGAUACCUUGGAUAUAAAACUCGUAAGACUCUGAAGCAGCUGGGAAAGGUGACCUAGUCCUUUCCCCAGGGCUGAUACUGGCUGCAAGAUGGAGCAGCAAAGAUUACUUUUGUUUUGGACCUGCUGGUGUGCUUUCUAUGUGUUCAUUUUCUGCUUGGGGGAUGUGAUGGAAGAACCUACUGCACUGCUUCCUUCUGAACUUUCACUCUGUUCCUGUUUGUUCCUUUUUCUUUCCUAUGUUGUAAUGCUCAUAAUACUCACUUUAUGUAGAGCGCCAUCCCACCUCUUUGACAAUGUAAACCAAAACAAACAAACAAACAAAAAAAACCAAACCAAAACAAAAAAGCCCCACGAAAUAAAAUGAACCACAAUGCCCGACCAAAUUAAAAAUAAAAACAUGCCAGUUGAGCAGGGAGCCUGGUGGCAUUCUAACUUCUGCAAAUCUAUUUUUGAGAUGUGAAAAAUUUAAAUGCUAAGUCUUAGGUGAGUGAGGAGCAUAACUGAUGUAAACACUUACAUGGAAUGCAUUAGACUUCUGCUGUGUGUAUUGUCUUUUGGUUGAAACAAAUUAUGAAGUGACUAAUAAAAAUGAGUCAAUAUUCCAUGAUUUAAAA